AUGGCUGCGGAGGAUGCGGCCGCGCGGUCCCGCAGCGGAGCCCUGCUUUCCCGCGGGGCUCCCCUCUCUCCGUCCCGGCUGCUGCUGCUCUCCCUGUCCGCCCUCUCUCUGCUCCCCACCCCGGCGCUCGCUCUGCUCGGCUUUCGGCCGGAGGAGACCGGGGCGGAGCUGUCCGUUGAGGACGGGGUGCUGAAAACCACCGAAGGGACCCGCUUCAUGCUCCGGGUUUACUACUCCACCUCCCCGCAGAGGCUCAACCGCACCUCGGGGACUCGCGCCAACAACGCCGCGCCCUGGAUCGCCUUCAUUGAGGAGCCAACUCCGGGGAGAGAGGGGCAAGUUCACCCCAAGAGGAACAUGUGCAUGGACAAGAACGCCAGGACAUCCGACAUCGAGGUUUUAGGAUCUUUUAAGUCCGCGUCCAGUCAGAACUCAGUUUUAGUGGAGCUGCUGGCCAAAGACCUGCGGAGGGGCGAGAAGAUCAAGUACUACUCCAUGUGCGCCUUUGAUGGAUCCAAAUGGGAGCACUACCGGACCCGAGACUUCUGGGUGGCCGUGAAGGAACGCUCUGAUGUCCCGGAGCUUUGGCUGCAGGUUCUCGUGUCAGUGCUCUUACUGGGGCUGUCUGCUCUGUUCAGCGGACUCAACCUGAGCCUGCUGGCGCUGGACCCGGUUGAGCUGCAGGUCCUGCAGAACAGCGGGACCGACAAGGAGCAGAACUACGCGCGGAAGAUCGAAUCCGUGCGUAGGCAUGGCAACUACGUCCUGUGCACUCUGCUACUCGGAACCGCGAUCAUAAACGCGUCUCUGGCUGUGUGGAUGUGCCAGAUCCUGGGAAUGACCUGGCUCUCCACGGUCAUCUGCGCCUUCGGGAUCUUCUUCAUCGGGGAAAUCCUUCCUCACUCGGUGGCGUCACGGCACGGUCUCGCCAUCGCAUCCAAAACUAUCUGGGUGACGCGGCUGCUCAUGGUGCUCUCCUUCCCCAUCUCCUACCCCAUCAGCAAACUCCUAGACCUCAUUCUCAACCAGGAGAUCUCCAGCUUCUACACCCGGGAGAAGCUCCUGGAGAUGCUGCGAGUCACGGACCCGUACCACGACCUGGUCAAAGAGGAACUCAACAUCAUCCAGGGCGCACUGGAGCUGCGCACCAAGACGGUGGAGGACGUCCUGACUCCGCUUACAGAUUGCUUCAUGCUGGCCUCGGAUGUGGUGCUGGACUUUAACACCAUGUCUGACAUCAUGCAGAGCGGAUACACCAGGAUCCCUGUGUUUGAGAACGAGAGAUCAAACAUCGUGGAUAUCCUGUUCGUUAAGGACCUGGCAUUUGUGGAUCCGGACGACUGCACCCCACUGAAGACCAUCACCCAGUUUUACAAACACCCGCUGCACUGCGUGUUCAACGACACCAAGCUGGACGCCAUGCUGGAGGAGUUCAAGAAAGGUGAGAGGUUGUAGAAGGAGAAGUGUCAAUAAAACUUUGAUUUCUUUUUUAAGUGCUCUUCAGAAAAAUACUUUAUUUCUACCCUCCUCUUUUUGCCCAUCCAUUGCUUCACGUUUGCAGUUUUGAAGUUUAUGUUCGUGUUGAAAUCACCUCAUUUUGGAGAGAUAUAAAUGUUUAGUUGCCAUGGUAACCCUUGUCUAUUUGUGGGCUGUGAGGAUGCAGACUGGUGUGUCCAUCCUGAUCCUUUUGAUUCCAUUUUUAUCUGUGGCUAAACAGAGAGUAAUCUGCGUGUCAACCUGGCAUCUUCAUCAUGUUCUCAUUUUUCAUCUUUGAAGGGAGAUGUCUAAACAAAAAGUUAUCAGAAGUUAGACAUCUGAUUAAAUGAAAGUUUGAGCAUGUUUUUUUAGAUUUGGAGAUGUGAGAUUUUCACUCUGCAGUAAGAGUGUAAGUUUAAGUUCAUGCACAGAAAACGUACAUGUGUUUAUUUAGAUCAUGCAAAAAUAGGGGUGCACAAUUGUGACGAUUUUGUAAUAAGAUGUUUCUAAAGGUCCUUUCACACCGGGACCAUUUUUUCAGUGCAAUUAUUUUGGACAUCAAUAUUUUUUUUUCGAACCCGUAACCUGUCAAUACAAGCAUUCACAUCAGCGACGUUUUCCCGUCCUGCGAUAUUGUGACAUUUACUUUUUCGGAUCACGGUUGAUUUUUCUAAAGUUUUGCAUACUGUGUGUCCAUUUCUGACCAAUCAGAUUGCGUGUUGUUGCGACGUCUGAUUCACCGGUAUAUCCAACAUGGCUAACCGGCUAAUUGUUGACGUGUUGGAGAACAGAGUGCUUUUUGAUAAAAGACACAAAUAUUACAAAGACAACGACCUGAAGGACAACUUGUGGCGAGUCAUAGCGUCUGAUCUCUCAUAUGACAAUGGUUUGUGUGCUUUAACAGUUUGCUAAACGUCUUUGAUUUAACUUUCAUCUGUGCUAAGUAACUUUAGCUCGUAAGCUAACCUGUUCAGAUACAACAUACCAUAUAUAUUCUCACUGUCUCAAACUCAAUCCCGUUGCUGUCACAGCACCAUUAGGUCUUGGUUGUUACCUUAGGUUUAUGGAUUAUAGUUUGAUGUGCUUAUCUGGUACUGGCCCCAACUCAGUAAAUGCUAUCUAUAGUCCAGCAGAAUAGUAUGCUACAUGCUACAAACAGCCAUCUCAACACUAGUGUCUAAUCAGAACUGAAAAACAGUCAGUCUGCUGUUGUGUCAGUCUUCUUGCUUCCACCCGGGACGCGUCUUUUCCCCCCCAGAAUUUCGCAAAAUCGCAUCGGGCUUGAUGUCUAUAGUCAGGCGCGUCAAAAUUCUCCCCCGAAUAUUUCGUAAUUUCGUGUUCUAUAUUCGCGCCGGCCGUGGCGUGUAAGGACCUUUAGAGGACCCAAAAGCAGGUUAAGGAGGCAGUGGCAGCUUUAAGAGAUUUUAUUGACAGUUUGCUGGUUGUGGAAGUGAGCUCUGAAGUCCGGGGAGUGAAGGAUAUCCAUGGAAAGGAGGGGGAGGGCAGAGUGAGGGCUUGAAGGCGUGCAGGUGAUUGAAUCCGUGAGAGAGUGUGGCAGUCGUGGCAGAAGUUGGGCAAUGCCGGUGAUGAGAGGAGGCACUGGAGGAGAACGGGAGGAGAACAGAGAUUAGUCACUGUUAAGUUUAAACGCAGAUAAAUAUUCAUAAAGUACAAUAACUUUGCUCAAGACUAGCCAAGGUGGUGAUGACAUGAUCAGGUGCAGGUGUGAAGGUGCAGGAGGGGCCAGUGCUGAUUAAGAGCUGCCCAACCUCUAUGACGGGGGAGAGAGACUCACAUGCAAAAUCAGAGUUGCAAGCAGUAAUCAUGACACACAAUGUUGUUAAAAUAUCUGGAGAUGUUUGCUUUUUUGGUCGUACAGCAGCACAAAUUUGAUGCACAUACAAUAACAGACUUUGCACAACAACAACAUGCAUAAUGUUUAUUUGCAACGCUUGGAAUGCACAGCCGAUGGGAGGAACAAAACAACACUUAUUUAUAACACCAACAAAUUAAAUGUGCAUUUUGAAAACAAUGGUUCUGGGGUGACAUGUAUCAAAGUCAGAUGUUGUUUUCUUGUUUUAUGUCUGCUUAAAAAACGGACCAACUGUCACAAAAAGAACAGCAAGUGAAUUCUUGUGCAGGAGAGACUUGGUAAUUUCAUGUUGCUCAUGAAAAAUUCAGUCCUCGUCCCAGAAAUCACUGCCUGUUUCAUCCAAAUGUUUCAGUUUUGGUGCCCAAGCUAACCAUGAUAUGACCUCUUCAAAAUUUUGCCCACAUGUCGUAAAAGUUUGUCAGAUGUGAAUGCUUAGGUACGAGGGAGUGAGAGUGUCACAGCUAUUGAGUAUGAACGUGUCCUUCUGUUGAUUACCUUUCCUGUCGAUUAAUGUUGGUGUUGGUGCACCUUUAAAAGCAUAAGUCUGGGACAGCUCUGAGGAGAAAUUUAAAGGGACUAGCCACCAAACAUCUUUUUAUUUUAACUCUCCUUAUUUCUUUAGCAAAGAGACUAAACACAACUCACCUACUCUCCUCAAACAGCUGCUUGUUUGUACAGAGAAGAACCACCGCAUCUGCAGAGCAAAUUGAUUAAUAUGGUGAUUAUUACUUUAAGGAAAUUAUAAAGUAAUCAUAAACUACUGCCUUGAGCUGUUUCAACCCACUGCAGUCGGUGAUGGACUCGCCUGAGAUCUCCGUACAAACAAGUGGCUGCUGGAAGAGAGUAGGUGAGUUGUGUUUAGUUACUUUGCUAAAGAAAUUAGGCAAAGUUAAAAAGAUGUUUGGUGGCUUGUACUAUGUCUAGGUGCUGUUCUGAGCAUUAUUUGUGGCUAUAGAGUGGCAUUUUGGUUGAGGUUUGUUUACGGCCCUCAGACAGCUGUGUAUUGCGAUCGUGCGUUUGUUACUAAAGUUGGUAUAACUAAAGAAGCAAGCAGUCGGCAACAGUCAUCUCUCGAGGGUGUGUCUAACACGGUGUUACGGUGUGUUUGACACACGCUGAAAUAUCCCUUUAAAAGGUAGAUAAUUUGAGGCUGUCAGACAAGUGGAAUUAAAAAGGCAAACGUUUACAGUUUAGGAAUUGAAAUAAGUCAAAGACUUCUGUUAUUCACACUCCCAUUUGGUCAGAUCUGUUCAGCAGCAGCAGUCUCUAACCUCCUGCUCCUUCGAGGCUGCUCUUAGAUCUGUGAUUAAGUACAAUGAGUCUGCAUUCGCUCUCAAAACAGCUGUAAAGAGCUUUGAGUCUGCACAGGCCUCCCUGCAUUAAAAAGAGAUGAACCCUUUUUGCAGAGCUGCUGCAGCAGAGCACUCUCUCCUCCCACAUGAAGUCAGCUGACAGCCCUCCUUGAUUUUUUGCAGAGUAAAUGGGUGGGGUGCUCAGUGGCCAAUCACAGCUCUCAGUGCUUUUCGCUGCCUUGCUGCAUGUUCAGGGACUGUGCAUAGUCAGCUUUUUUUCUGCAGGGUUUGUAAUGAGGACAGGUGGAGAUGGAGGUAAACAGAGAAGGACACCUUGAACAAUCAGGCAUCAGUUUACAGGAAACACGUGAAGACCUAUUUCUUUACAGUUCUGCUGAUUUUAAAACCAUCUGUGACUGCUGCAGAUACAUGUCAUGUUUCUAAGACAGGCUUUCUGUUUUGCUUUGCACAUUUUGUAAAAGUGUUGAAGCAUCUUUGCAAAGGAAUGCAAAAAUCUGCAAAAAGAACCUGAAAUCUGAGCUGCAGGAUAAUCUUGCAAAUCUGUCUACUCUAACUUUAGCUUCAGUGUGUUUGUGCAUCUGAAUGGAGUGGUUUUGUCUGUAGACUGAUCCCAUCAGAAUUUGGAUUGGAUCUGCAUCUGAUAAUCUACAUGAACAAGAGGAUUAUUUCCCUCUUUAUCUCUCUGUGUUGUGCUCUUUCCCCUGCUGCACCUCUCGCUGUCUCUCUAACAGCAUUUUCAGGCACUGCAGCAGAAAAACACAGGUUCCCUCAUUCAUUUCAAUGAGACCCCUGCAGUGGUUCGGUGUUGCCUCAGAGAGGCCUAAGGGGGAACGAAACAGAGAGCGUAGUAGGAGAAGCUGCAGAGUGUGUUUAAAUAUUCAUUAAUCAAACUGGACACAAAAUCCUUCAAUAGCUUUUAAUCUUUAAGGGGUCUACGAUAAUCUAUGUGACAUCGAAACCAGUUGAUCCCUGAAUAAUCAAAGUGAAAACUGUAUAUUCAGCAUGAAGUCAGACACACUGUUUUGUGUGAGUUGGCCUCAAGGGUCGCCCUCUUGUCACCAAUUCUGUUUGAGAUUUUCAUGGACAGGAAUUCAAGAUGCAACCAGGGAUAGUUGUCCGUUUCCACCUGUGCUCUUUACAGACCAUGUAGUCCUGUGGGGUUCUUGAGGCUCAGUAACGACCGCAAGAUCGCAAUACACAGCGGUCUCAGGAGCCAUACACAAACCUCAACCAAAACACCACUCUAUAGCCACAAAUAAUGCUCAGAACAGCACCUAACUUCAUCAACAGUACAUAUAGGGUCCCAGCCAAAGUACUAGCCAUCGAACAUCUUUUUAGCUUUGCCUAAUUUCUUUAGCAAAGAGACUAAACACAAAUUACCUACUCUCUUCCAGCAGCCGCUUGUUUGUAACACAACCUUGACCAGUCCAUCAUCGACUGCAUUAAUUUUUUACGCCAGAAUUUCCCUUUAAGCUCUGGUGGGCUGUUCUAUCUGUAUUUCGGGAUCUUGUUCAUGAGUGACGGCAUAAUGGAUCAGGAUAGCGACAGGUUAAAGGCUUUUUCAGUUGUGUUUGUGGGAGUGAACACUGCAUGUGUCAGUGUUACGAUGACAAAAAUGUCGGUAUAGGUCGGUUCAGGCUGGCACCAUCACUGAGCCUGUGAAAUAUGUAUCAGGUCAAACACUGUAUUUGAAAGUUAGUACCAUGUGUCUCCACAGGGUGACCAAUGACUGAAGUUGAACAAUGGGCUCACAAAUGUGUAGAGGGGUGGAUCUUGAUCUUGUAUAUAAAAUAUAAAACCGAUUAAACACUGUACGACGAAGUUAACGUAACUUCUUGUUUCAUGGUGUGCAUUAUAGUUAAAUUUUCUGGACUUCCUGCUAAAAUAGAAAGAUGAGUUUGAGAGGAUUUCUUGCAGGUCGUGGCAUAAUACAUAUGCUGCGGUUUCAGUUACCUCGGAAUUCGGAUGUUGGAGCUGGGCAUGAUGUUACACCCGGGUUGACGGUGUUCCAGUAAACAAGUUGGAAAACAAAGAUGGACGCCUACUGUUAGCCGUUGUUAGCUGUUAGUUACAAUUUUCAGCUGUCGUUAGCUGUCGUUAGCCAUUAUUAGCUGUUAUUUACAAUUUUCAGCUGUCGUUAGCAGUUGUCAGCUGUUGUUAGCCGUUAGGGGCUGUUGUUAGUUGUUGUUACCUAUACCAGUUCUUAACAACACACAACACUGUAUUUUACUCUACAAACACCAAAGCACUGUGUUCACAGUCAGACAUUGGGCAGCACAGCAUAAAACACUUAUUUAAUUUGUCCAUGUUAAUAAAUGUUAAUAAAUAAUACAUUACGAGAGCUUUUACUCUUUAAGGUUGAUGCACUGCGUUGCCAUCUUGAAUGAUGACAUUGUCAUCAAGUCAGGUUGGCGAGGAUCAUCGGACUUCAGAGGGGCGUUUCAGAUGAAUUUCCGACUUGGAGCUCAGAAAUCCCGACUUCUGAAUACAACUGGAACGCAGCAAUAUGCCCAGCAAAAAUCAUGCACAAAGGCUGAGCUCAGUGGCAGGGCUGUCUUUCAGAAGGUUUAGAAAAGAAAGAAUAAUCUUUAGCCUAAGGGAUCUUGCACCAUGCUUCAGUGUUUGAGCUCAUAUUACAGAUGAGGCUAACUAUAAAGUUCAAAUCGGAUCUUGACUACAUAUCCAAAGCAAUUAUUUAAACUGCUGCUGAAACAAAGUCUGCUGCAUGUAACCUAGAUACGCGAGGGAAAACCAGUGCUUGCAGCAGAGCUCAUUAGCUGCAGUAGAUGGAAGAGGCAGAAUCAGAAGAGUAAAGCUUUCUUUGCCUUCCAACAUUCUGUCACUAUAAAGACACUGCAGAGGUGUAACAGAGCGCCUGAGGCUCUCCUAAGGCUACAGAGGAAUCCUUUGGUCUGAAUGCUAAGCAGGACAUCUGGCACAAAUGAUGCUGGCCAAGUUACACCUUUCCCCUGCUGUUAACAAUCACAACAGGAGCACGGCGGUACUGGAAACCUUUGCUGUGCCAGGGGGAAACUUGUUCGCAUAAUGGGAAACUGAGCGGUGGACAUUAGAGCCGUAACUCUGGAAGAGAGUAUAAUCCCCUCUGCCAGAAAGGUGUUAGAGCCAAAACACACACUGGAAGAACAUUAUUAGCUUCGAAAGACAGAUGAUCGAUGUCUCAGCCCUGCCAAGCAGGAGCUCUGACUUCAGUCCUGUUAAGGAUCUGUGGUGAAACUGUCCAACUAUCCAUCAUUCACAAAAACAAGCAUGUUUCCAUCUCUGUCUAAACUUCCUAAGCAUUAGCAUGCAAAUGAGCAGGAUACAUUUGUUAGGUUAUUGUGAGUCCCAGCAUGUCAAGCAUGAAAUCAGUGCAGCUCCAUCACUGUUAGUGUGACAUCAUGAAUGCAACCAACCAACCAAACAAGAGAGCUAUGCUGAAAAAGAAGAAAGAGCGCAAGCUUUAUAGUCUGAGCAAAAAGCAGAAAUUUGUCUUUGGCUUCAGCUGCAGUCCAGUAACAACCUCCUGUGUUGAAAAUGAAGCAAAGCAGGUGUGCCUAAACUGCAGUUCCUUCAGUAUCCAAUAGGGGCUGGACACGAAGGCCAAGAAUGCACCGGGCCUGCCUCCAGUCUUCCUUCCUGCGUUUAGAUUAACCAAAUGGUUGUCAGCUUUUCCAAUGUGGCACCUGUCAUCGAUGAGCUCUUAUUCAUGCCAUCAUUUCAACUGUAAUUAAUGUAGUGUCCUUAUGCAUUGGUCAAAUGUUACUUAACCAGUUCUAUAAAACAAAGAUUUAUUCCUAUCACACACCCUCGCCCUUUUCCUGACACAUUAACAUUUCUUUCUACUCCUUCUCUCUCUAAAUCUGUCCCUCUCCCUCUCUGUUUUUGUCACUGUACGGUGUCCCAGAAGGCACAUUAUAAAAUAUUUAGCAGCUAUAUUUCCCAUUUGUCUCCCAGCCAUCUGCUCUGUUCUCACUUUUAGGCUGAUCAGCUCUCAUGCUGCAUACCCAAGAGUAUGGAGGGGAAACCAUUUAAGCAUAUAAUAUCUUUUCUAGGAAAAGAAAAAAAGAACAAAACUUCUGGAGAAUUCUCUGUGAGAAGUGAAGGGGAAACAGGCUGGAGAUGUUGAUGUUUAUUCCUAAUGAGGCCUAAUUUUUCUAUGUGGUUGAAAAAUGCUGCUGUGAUGUGGUUUGAUAACAGAGGUAGUCAUAAACAAGAAUAGGUUUUAUUGUAAGAACAGGCAGCAUGUUUAUAUUCACUAAUAUGAAACUUAUUUAGGACUGUAGAAGAGGUGUUUGUCAGAUACAACGGAAUACUAGGUCCACACUUCGAGAUUAAAGUAAUUACUCACGAGAAUAAAGUUGUGAUAUAAUAUUUACUCACGAGAAUAAACUCAUAAUAAAGUAAAUACUCACAAGAUUAAAGUCAUAAAGUAAAUGAAGUCAUAAAGCAGCUUUUGUGGAGGAGGAAGUGGCUGGAACUGGUCAACUGCAGAGUUAUCAGUGGGUGCAUUAGCGGGCCAUUCAGAGGGCUUUUAUGGUUUCUCAAGAAACAAUCCAACUGAUGAUCAACAUUUGCAAUCCAGAGGGAGUCGAGCUCCGACGAGCACCAUGUCUGUCUCUGAGGCCAGGAGCAACCUACACCUGCAGAGGCACCAACGCCUUAUGGCAUAUAGAUUCAUACGAUAAACUAAAGCCCUAUGCUAUUGCGACGGCUAUUGUCCCCCUCCACAUAAGCAGCGAUUUCCUUAAAGUCCGCCUGUUUUUUUUUUUUGCGGAAAAGAUGCAGUUUCUUGCAUAUUCUUUUAAGACUCCUGAUACUUUGAUGAUGUGAUGCUGAUGUGCUGAAAGGUUAAGGAUCUCCUUGUUUGUGAAACGUAUAUUGAAGUACAUUUUCAUGAAAUGCUCCACGCCUCUCAUUUCAACAAUUAUCAUCUCAAACAACAGGUUAGAAUGUAAGGACUUUAUUCUCAUAAGUAAUGAUUUUAUUACGGCUUUAUUCUUGUGAGUAAUUACUUCAAUCUGGAAGGCUUUUUUUUUUUCUUAAUGCGACCCUAAUACUCCAUCGUAGUCAGAGGAUCAAUAUCCCUUAUUCAGUAAUGUGUCCAGACAGUACAAUUACUUUAUAUCACAGAGAGAGUGCAUGUCUGAAAACAGCUCUUGACACAACCAUCCAUCAGGACAAGUUUAAUGAGCUUUGAGCGGCAGUUUCAGUGAGCUUCUGAGAUGAGCAAAGUGCCAAAACAACAACAAAAAUAAUUUCAAUACACCCCGAAGUUACCAAAACAAAAUCUGAAACAAAUGAAAAACACAUUAUAGGAGCGCCUGGCUGAGUUAAACAGGAGGAAAAACAAGGAACAGACUAAACAGACAAAAGGACUAUUCACUCCUACACUCAUCUCAUUUGAAACCUCUACAAGCCACAUAUCAAUCAAACUAUCUGUAACAAUCUGGUCAAAAUAUCCAACACACAUUCACCAUGUCAUCAAACAGGCCUCCACAGUUUACACAGAUCUAAAAUACAGUCUGGUGCUGUUUGGAUUUGAAACCAGUCAUGAUGACCUUUAACCAAUCAGACACUUAAAUUCUGUUCAAGCUAGCCAUUCAGAGGCAUUAUGCAUUUUCUCUAUGGCGGCACAGAAAGUAAAACCCUAGUUUAAUGAAUGCUGCAUUUUUGUGGUUUAUGUUUUUGUGAAAAUGAGCAAAUAGCAGUUUGCACUUGUUGACGAAGGCCGCCGUUCCUUCAACAAUGGGAGGGGUGAGCAUGGGAGCGAGUCAGUUUGGAAUCUGACUGCUGUAUCUUGCUUAACAUUCUACAGACUGUACCUAAUAAAUGCAUCGUGUGUGGUCUUUAACUUUCUUUUUGGUGUUUUCUGAUGUGUCUGUGGUUUAAGAAUAUGCAGUUCUUGUUUUAACUCUGAGGAUAUAAAGAAAAUGUAAGGAGGCUGUGAGGUGAGAGAAAUACAACAAGCGAAAAAGAAGCAGAACGCUGAAAAUAAACAACUGCUGUUCUUUAAACUGCAGAAUUGAGAGAGCAGGUAGUACUUAAAGCUCUAAAUGCUGCACCCUCCCUCUUCUCCUUCCCCUCAGCCUGCUCUGUAUGUAAGACUGACCCAUUUAGCCCAGCACUGCUUUGCCAGUUUUGUGUGCAUUUGUGUGAGUCUGUGUGUGCGUUAAUGUGUGUGGCUGUGUGUAUUAGGUAGUAAUUGGCAGGCAGAGGGUGUAGACACGGAGAGAGGAUCUCAUUGAGGUUGAGGUUGAACUGAAGCCAGAAAAGGGCUACAAACUGUGAUCCACUCUGUUUUCUGUCAACGCUUACAGUAUAUUUAUUCAAGCUUACAUGUGCAGAUUAUGUUACAGUAAAAUUAUGCAACAAUGAGACGAGAGAUGUAACACACAACUGCAGCCGUCUGCAGUGUGUGACAGACUAAGUCUUCUACAUGGACUUUAGUCCUAUAGCAGCCAUGUUUUUGAGGCAUCACACUCAGAUAGGGUGCAUAUAUGAAAAAAAAACACCUAACCCCAAAAGAUUUUAACAAAAAGUUUUCCCAGCUGUUUUUUUAUAAUAUUGGGUGUGCUUAAUAAUAUACUAAAAGUUUACCAAAGUUUGACCAGUAGAAAGGUAUCAUUUUCAAAAUGGCAUCCAUGAUGAGUAGAAAACAGAUAUCACCAUGAAACUUCCCAAGUUUAGAACUUACAUUGAGAUAUUUUUUUUUUUGUAUCACAAGUUUUGUCAAAUGUUAUGUUUGAAUAUGUAAAUGAAGCAGAACCCAAAACUGAACAAUGGAUAAAUACGCUAAUUAGAAUAUUAGAUGAACAAAACAUGUAUCAGGCACUUGUAUUCCUGGUCUAGAAGGAAUACAAAGGAGUAAUGGUCAUUUUAAAGACCUGAAGAAAAAAAAACACAUGGAGAUAUUUGAAUUUUUAGGGGUGUUGACAGUAUUUUCUCAUUUACAGAGUGAUAAAAAGAGAUAUCCAAAGUCUCCCCCCCCGCUUCUGACUCUAGUAUGUCAACAAAGUAACAAACAAGAAUUUUGAAAGGGGCUUUAUCCAUAUCACUUACAUAUUCAAACAUAACAUUUGACAAAACUUGAAUUACAAAAAAAUAUUUGUCUUAGAGUAAGUAAGAAACUUGGGAAGUUUUAUGGUGAUAUCUGUUAGUUCAAAAUUUUAUCCUAUUCACCUGGGAUGUCUCCCUGGGCUUCCUACCCAUCAUGGACGCCAUCUUGAAAAUGACACCUUUCUAGUGGUUAAACUUUGGUAAACUUUUAUUAUGCUAUUAAGGACACCUAAUACUAUAAAAAAACAGCUGAGAAAACUUUUUUUUUUUUUUGGGGGGGGGUCAAGUCAUAUUUGCACCUUACUACAGAUAGGGUGGCUCAUCUACUGUGUUUCAGGUUGUAACCCUGACUAGUUUUGGACAUUUCACUCCCUGAUUAAUAGGCUACAAAGGCAAUAAAUAGCACAAAUCGAGAGACGGUAGACCAUAGUUGCUCAUAUCAGAACCAAGCUAACAUUAGGAUUCAGCCACUUCUGUGUUAGAAAAAUGUAUUAAACUCACAGGUUUGAUGGGAAAAGCAAAAAAUGAUAAUAAUAAUAAUAAUUGCUAACAUAUAUCUUUUACUUUUUAACUCUUGUUGACUAGCUGAAAACACAAUGUUAAAAUACUGUAGGGGGAGUCUCACCUUCAGUAGUGUCAGGAUUGUCUUGAAUACAUCACUGAGGCACAUAUCUCUGACAAAAAAGGUCUGUGUAUAGUAGAAUAAGCUGCAACGGUAACUUUUAGUAAAAUACUGAGGUUGUUGUCAUAGUAACAUGGUGAAAUUCAUCAGUUAAAAGGGUCACCUGCUGAGCUGUAACAUUUAAGAGCAGCUACAGCUCCGUCUUUGCCUCAUCCUCUGUUUUCCUGAGUGAGUUUUCCACCCAGCAGCACACAGAUUUUUAAUAAUUUUCUUGUCUUUGGAGACGUUCAGAGGUUUUUUUCCUGCUCAAACACACACUCAUCAUCACACAGCAGAAACACCGCAGACCCUAAGAGUCACCCGGCUGUUUUUACCCAAUGGAUUGUGUUUUUGUCCUCUCUCACUAUGUGUUUAUAUGUGUGUUUGUGUUUUGCAUUAAACUCUCCCUGUUGGUACACCCACUCCACUCAGCUCCUGCCGCUGCUCCACUUACUGACUGCAGAGCUGCUCUCCCACUCCGUGUGAGUCAGACAUCACAUGUGAGGAGAAACAGCUUUAAUUUUAAUGUACAAUGGUUUUAUGUGACCUGAUGCAGCCAUUUUUACUGCACUGUUAUUGCAUGUUCGCUGCAAAUCUCCUGAAUCUUUAGGGACUUGUGCACAAAAACAUUGGCACCUUGUCCUAAAGAUGGUUUUGGGGGGGGGGCUUUUAUUUGAUUGAACACUCAAGAGAGAGAGAGAGAGAGAGAGAGAGAAAUAAGUGGUGAGAGAGCGAGGCUGUGAGCAUGUGCAUUUGCAGAGGAGGUUAAAGUUAACUGUGGUUUUAACUUCAUUAUCCAUCAAUCUACAAAUCAAAUCUGUUUACUUGCCCCCUCAUCUACCAAACCUGUAUACCACAACUACAACGACUGCAUUUGUACACUCUACACACACCUCACCAGCAAUAAGGCCACUCAAAUGGACUGCACAACCCUGCAGUAACUACACUCUGCAGCAGCACAUAAUCCUCACUAAAGCUCAUCUUAACUUUUGGUCUAAUCUGAGGCACUGAAUCAACUCAUUGUUUGGAGUUCACUUCUCCUGUUUCUCUGUCUAUCCACUAUUUUCUCUUCAGUUUGAGAGACUCUUUGUUCCUCACUUCAGAGUGCUAAAAAGCAGCAUUUCCAAGCUCAGACUGAACUCAGGCAACGUGUAAAAAACUGGUUUGAGGAGCGUGUCUGAUAAAAACAAUCAGAGUAAUGGAGAAGGUCAGUGAGUCAUGGUGGUAGUAUCCCUGUCAGAGUCUUAUAUAAGAAGAGAUGUCAGUGAAUGUCACCCAGAGAGGACCACCCAGCCGAAUACGAUGAUGGGUCUCAGAACAGAAUAACAAAGAUGUUUGAUGGUCUUGGAGAGCUGGAACUUGUAAGUUAUAUAAUUGCGUUUAUAUAUGUGUGCUCAUGUGUGUACAUUAUCUUGAUUGCAUAAACCCUAUGUUACCAAUGACUGACAGGGAUCCAAAUAAAAAACCUCCUUUUCUACCUGUUGUAAGGGGCAUGGCCUGUCGAAAUUUAGAAACUUAAUUAUCGCACAGAUCUGAAUCAACAACUGGAGAAUCUAAAUGGGUAUUUAAUAAGAUUAUGAAUGCUGAUCUGCAAAAAAACCCUUGACCUAUUCUUGAUGUAAAGCUGCAAAUUUGAAUCCUAAAAAGACCUUUGAUUUCUGAGUUGAGAAAAAGGAUUUAAAGGGAUAUUCCGGCACAAAAUUUAAAUUAGAUUCAAACACACCAUAACACUGAGUUAGACACACCGCCAAGAGAUGAAUGUUGCCGACCGCUUGCUUGUCUAGUUAUACCAACUUAUAACAACGGCAGAUAGCUACACUAUAGGCACUCUAUAGGCACAAAUAAUGCUCAGAACAGCACCUAACUUUAUCAACAGUACAUAUAGAGUCCCAGCCAUAGUAGCAACCAUCAAACAUCUUUUUAGCUUUGCCUGAUUUCUUUAGCAAAGAGAUGAAACACAACUCAUCCACUCUAUUCCAACAGCCGCUUGUUUGUACGGAGACCUCCGGGCGAGUCCAUUGACUGCAGCGGGGUGACGCAGCUCAAAGAGGAACAAUAACAUUAUUACUUCACGGAAAUGCAAUCAGACCGAGACCCGAAGACAGAAGAACUACCGCGUCUGCAGUGCAAAAUGAUUAACAUGAUGAUUAGUACUUCAAUGAAAUGAUAAAGUAAUGAUCCUUUAUGUGAAGGAGCGGCGUCCUCACUGACUGCGGGCAGCGCAUGGAGUCAGUCACACAUACCCAUAUACACGCCAAACAUUUCCCUACCCACUAGCGUCGCUAAUUACCCUCUAAACAGCGCUACUUUUUCUUCUCCCUUGUCUGUUGGAUAGGGUAACCAAGUUUGCACACGUGGAGCUCUAUCAGUUAACUUAAACAUUCACAAAGACAUUCAUCCCUCCACUUACCUGCCGGGCGUCCAUUCACGCCAUCAUGCCGACUCAUGUUUCCAAAUGAGAAACAGAGCGCGCGAUUUCCGGGUUGUAUAUAGGUGGGUAUGGAGGGUCAAAGUGGUCACAUGAUGCAAGAAAAAUGAAUUCCCUUGUUGUUUGCCGUGAAUCCCUAAAAAUUAAUGCGCCAUUGAUUUGUGUAAAAACCUAGAAAAAAUGGCAAAAACUUACAGAAAAAGGUCUGUAGGUUGAGAAUGGUAAAACUUGUUAAUAAAUGUGUUUUUUCUAAAUUUAUGUAAUUAAUAACGCCCACUGGGAGGGGCUAGGGGCUUUUUAAAGAAGGCUUUCUGGGCCUUUCUCUGAAUGUGGAGUCUGUUGCAUUAACAGUAACUGUCAAACUGACUUUUGUACUACUGCUGUUUCUGAUUUUUUUUUCUUGAGUGAGAAUCUUGAGUUAUAGUGGAAUUACUGCCUUGUUGGCAUUUUUUUUUUUUUUUGCCUGGUACAUUUUGUAAAUAGUAUUUGACCAUUUUUUGCACUGUUGUCAAUAUUUUUGCACUGCACCUUGGAAGGCCGACUCUAAAUGAAUAUCACCAUCAUCGUAUUUUUAAGACUACACCUAUGUUUUUCCACUAUAUUUUGAUUGUUUGAGUGAGAUCCCCACGACGGGGAGCUUUGCACAUAUUUAGUAAAAUACUCUGGGUGAGGAGUCACAUGUGAAAAAGACAUUUUUUUUUUUUUAUGACGUCAGUAAGUGGCAAAGCAGUGCUGGUGACGCUGUUGUGAUAUCGGUUUCAUGGCUAAGCGACAUGGACAGCUCGAUCCGAGGGAUAAUGUAAAAUAAUAAGUAUCAAUAAAAAUGGUACACAGUUGGUUUCCCACCAUGUGCACUGUCAGCAGAACAUUUUUUUUUCACAACUCAACUACUGAUUAAUUGUAUAAAGUACAUUUUGUGGAUACCUUGUUGUUUAAUAUGCAUGCAUGCUAAAGUCAUUUUCUGGCAAAUGAGGAACCAGUGGUUGCUUUCAUUUUAAAGACGAACCAGCCAGCUACAAACACUUUGUUACAGAUUGCUAUUGCAGUAAAGGUCAGUACAGAGCUGGAUUUGCUUUAACAGUGACCCCUGUUAAUAAAAAAAAAGAGAUUUUUAUCAACAGUUUGUGACCCAACAGCACACAUACUGUCAAUGAGUGUCACCACUUUGUGAUAUUAUCGACAGGUUAUUUGAAGAAACAUUUUGCUACUGGCAUGGAUUUAACGUCUUUUUUAAGUGUUUUUUGACCUCUGCAUUCGUCUGCAUCUGUCUGAACCCUCUCCUCUUCAGUCAGGCAGCCAAUCAAUGUCGUGCAUAUACUCACAUGCUGCAUACAAGCUGAAGGGCCAGUGCAUGGGAUCUUAAAUGUUUUAAAAUCUAAUUAGUUAUUGUUUUUUGUGUCCAAUGACUGAAGUUUUCUGUAUCCUGGUGUAGCUGUCUGGACCUGCAGCUCUACAUUUAAAGGAUGGGCGGUAAAGUGAUACUGACCUGUUGUGUUGGUUUGCUUCUGCAGGGAAAUCCCACCUGGCUAUUGUUCAGCGUGUCAACAAUGAGGGUGAGGGUGACCCCUUCUAUGAAGUGAUGGGUAUCGUCACGCUAGAGGACGUCAUCGAGGAGAUCAUCAAGUCAGAGAUCCUGGAUGAGACAGACCUCUACAGUAUGAAUGGAAACACAAACACAAACACAGAGAAAUGGGAUGUCAUUGUUCAUAUCACUUGAAAAGCAAAGUGUUGAUUCUGUGUGUCUGCAGCUGAUAAUCGAACAAAGAGACGGGUUUCUCACCACGAGCGGAAGCAGCAGGACUUCUCGAUCUUCAAACUGUCAGAGAACGAGAUGAAGGUGAAGAUGUCUCCUCAGCUCCUCCUGGCAACACAUCGCUUCCUCUCCACAGGUAACAGCCAAUCAGAGCACAGCUAGGCUUGUCCUGUUUAUGCCAGUAUUGUCUUUUGUUAUACCUCGUGUCAAACAUUUGCAGGUUGACUUUGGCUGUAAAAUCUUGACUAAAAAUAAGAUAAUGUGAGGUUCAAACAUAGAAAUAUCUCAAUAAAGAGACCCAAUUUCAGGUCAAAUAAGUAAAUAAAUAACUCCCAAACACGGCUGUUGUUCUUCUCCCGUCAGAGGUGGAGCCCUUCAAACCAGCUCAUAUCUCUGAGAAGAUCCUGCUCCGGCUCAUCAAACACCCUAGUGUGGUUCAGGAUCUCAAGUUUGAUGAGAAGAACAAGCGAGCGCUGCAGCACUUCUUAUUCCAGCGCAACAAACCCGUGGACUACUUCAUCCUGGUGCUGCAGGUGCAAAAUCUGUCUCAGUGACUUUGGAUUAGUGCUUUCAUUUUUGAGGCCCCCUCCAUGAAGUUUUGAGAGGAUUUCUGUAGCUGCAGUUGCGCUAAAAUAAUACCACAGAUUUAACUAUAAAGAACCAAUGCUGCACUCACAGAACCUCUGUGUGUGUCUCUUCAGGGUCGAGUCGAGGUGGAGUUCGGGAAAGAGGCUCUGAAGUUUGAGAAUGGGGCUUUUUCAUACUUUGGAGUUCCUGCCAUCAUGCCAGCAGGUACAGAAACACAAUUAAAACUUUUUGCUAGUAUUCUCAGAGGAGAUUUUAAACCCAGGACUCAUUAACUCACAAAGUUAACCCAACUUUUGACCCAAUGGUUAGUCUCUGACAAUGAUUUACUCUCUCUGAGCGACUACGAUCAGUUUUUCUUCAAAUCCUUCCCUCAUUAGUUUACAAUUGCUCUAACAGGUUUAAUAGCAGCUGAGAAAUACUCAUGCAAUGCACGAAAAGUCCUGAUAUAUAUACACUUUCAAAAGCAUGCACCAAGCAUGACUUAAAAACUACUGACAAAUCAACAAUCUGAGAGGGUGUGCUGCAUGUUAAGGUAAAGAAUUUUUUUCCAGAAUUUCUCACUCUUUGCUCUCAAAAAAGCAGGAAGUUUGUGAACACUUAGCUGCCAAACUCAUAAGUGCAACUUUCACUAAAUAAAAUGACUGAGACAAGUGAGGGUUUUCAGAUUUUCCCCAUGGUGAAAAAAAGAUAGCAUCCCUCAUCGAAGGACAACGAGUGAGAAACGAAAACACCCUCUCUCUUCAUUUUUUUUAAUGAAACGCUUUAAGUGUGUGUUUCCAAUGCAGUCCACAGAUCCCCGUCUCACAGCAGUGGUCUGGACCGCUCUGAGUCUAUGCUGUAUGGAGGGAGCAUGGGUCAGCUGAACGGAGGAGGGAACGUCUACCUGCCUGACUACUCUGUCAGGCAGCUCACACACCUACAGAUCAUGAAGGUAAUGCCUGGUCAUGAUCACAAGAUGCAUCAGAUUAACAGCAGGUCCUAUGAGCACAUUAUUCACACAGAACCAAUUGAUGUCUUAGAAGGCGUCAAGAAACCCAAAGCUGCUGGUCACCAUAUCAGAAACGACAACUUUGUCUUACUUUCAGUCAAUCUGGAAACUGGUGAAAAGGCCAAACUCUUGGUCUGUAAAUAAUAAUAAAAGAGUAAUAAUCAAAGUUUUCUUCCCGUCAUGCUUUCAUCAACACAGAAAUGAGAUAUUGAGCCCAAACUGCUCAUGUUCUAGGUUGUAAACAGGUUUAUUUCUGCUCUACAAACCUGCUUUUUAACAUGGGGUCCAAUGGGGAUGGCCUGGAUUUUGGGACCAGCCUCAAGUGGACACUCUGGGAACUGCAGUUUUUGUACUGCAGCUUCAUUUUUCAGUUGUUGCUUGGUUUCAGAUCACACGGAGUCACUACCAGAAUGCCGUAACAGCCACACGGAUGGACAGCUCUCCUCAGACGCCUGAUGCUGAUGCCCAUCUGACUGAAGGAAACACCCUGACCCCAGAGCCCCCAACUACAGGGUACUCAGCCACCUUAAUGCCUCCACAACACACCACCACCACCACCACCCUCAUGCCCCCUCCUAGAGAGCCAUGUCGGCCUGGCUCAGCCCGCACCAGAGGACAGCAGUCCAGCGUCCCCCACAGCACAUCUCUGCUGAACGAGAAGAACCGCAUCGUCCGUAAGUACCCAGAGAGUCAUCCUGCCGCAGAUUUACAGUCCAGACUCAUGUCAAGACAAGAUGACUGGAGGCAUCACAGGCAGACAUACAAAGCUGCUCCUAAAAUGAGUUUCUCAGAAUCCAUUAGGGUAUUAUACUGAGGAUAAAUAGAGUUCAAUAACCCCUGACAGCUAAAGCUGCAAAGAGAGGGUUUGAAAACAGGACAGAGACUCUGACAGAGGAGGAAAACUGACUGACAAAGAGAACGGCUUGAAUAAGAACCAGGAGGAAAAAACAGCUACAAGAUGUACAGUUGAAGGCUUAGCUGCUAGAACAUCUUCAUGGAUUACAUUUGUGUGUUACAAUCCUGCAACAACAUCACAGCAGCCUGGAUUAGGUUCACAGACAGCAUUUCUCAGAUUGAAUAAAAGAUUGAUAUUACAUUAUGAACCUCUGUGGCUCACUAAGAUGACUUACUGAGCUGGACUCACUCCACACCAGACUGCACUGUUCAAGCCACAUGUAGGUCACCACAUUUGGUUUUUGUUCUGUUUGGUGCGUCACAAAAUCAGUUCGGGUUGGUUGUUUUUUAUGCAUAUUGUUUUUUUUUAUGUUUGUGAUCUGUUCAUGUGCUGCAGGGAGUAAGUCUGAUGGCCAGAAGAGUCCAAGUGAUUCGGUUUUUCUCAGGAUGGAUGAGAUCCCUUACAUCAGAGAAGACAGAGUGGAGGCGGAGCCAAACACGGGUAUGACAUUGACCAUCCAGGGCUGUGAUAUGGCUCUCUGGAAGGUCAGAGAGAUUGUAAAUAAAUAUGAAACCGUUAAAGGGAUAUUCCGGCGUAAAAUUAAGUUAGGGUCAAACACACCGUAACACCGAGUUAGACACCAUCGAGAGAUGAAUGCUGCCGACCACUUGCUUCUCUGGUUAUACCAGCAUUAGUAACGACCGCAUGAUAGCAAUACAGAGAACCACACUAAAAACCCGCUCUAUAGCCACAAAUAAUGCUUAGAACAGCACCUUCAUCAACAGUACAUACAGGGUCUGAGCCACAGCACUAGCCACCAAACAUCAACAUUUUGAGCUUUGCCUAAUUUCUUUAGCAAAGAGAAUAAACACAACUCACCCACUCUCUUCCAGCAGCCGCUUGUUUGUAUGGUGAGUCCAUCGACUAUAAAGGAAUAUCCCUUUAAUACAGAGGAAAAACUAAAACAGAUACUGAAUUUCACAAGUGUGUCUUCAAUACACAGUAAACAGUUCUAAAAAAAACUUUUUUACAAAUUUGUGUUUUUAGUUUAACAGCACACAAUCAAAAGUAAUUUUUCUUAUUUACAGAGUCAGUCAGUCACUCACAACUAUCCAUAUCUGAGUAUAUAUAGUUAUUUGGUGCUCAGCGCUGCUGAAAUAAGCCUACAAUCAUAGCUGUAUAUCUGUUGUUUUUCUCUACAGUCAGGGUGAAGUUAGGGCAAAUGUCCACCCUUGGUUAGACCAAGUGGGAAUUUAGCCAGAAUAAUUACUUUAAAAGUCCAGUUUCAGUCAGACUAAGGAAAUACAAUAUUUUUUCAAUAUCAUGUAGACAUACUGAGUGAAACUGAGAAACAUACGGAUGUAAUAGCUGAUGGCACCAUUUACUUUACACCAUUAGAACAUGCAAUCAACUGCUUGGUCUUAAUGUCUUUUGUGCUCAUGUUUUACUAUCAGUGAACGGGAAAAGAACUUAAAGAGAGUUUAUAAUGAACAGAGAGAGUGUUAUAAACUGCAGGAAAUAUGUCCUGGAAAUACUCCGUAAGGCAGCAGGUUGUGAAAAGUGGGUGAGCAAGAUGUCCGCAGUUUCACCUUAAACACAAACUCAGCAGAGGGUUGUGUAGGACUCUGUCCUCCAAAGGGACUGAAACUGUUUAUCAUCGAAGGGUCAUGAUUCUUUCUCUCUCUCCUUCUUUCUCUCUCUCUCUUACAGACAUGGCCUCUGUUCCCAUAGAAACGGACACUUCUCCUUUCAUUAGCAGCCUAUCCCUGAGUGGCUCAGAGGACACACUCGGAAAGAAACUCCUGCUCAAACUCAGUUAGUCUCACCCUCACAUACACACACACACACACACACACACACACACACACGUUUGUCUUACUGUUCUUGUGGGGACCAUCGCUAGCAGUGUGCGUUGUUUGGACACGAGCCCCAGUUUUAAUUUCACAACCAAAUACCUGAAUUUAGCUCUGAUCUUCAUCCUAAAACCUCUCUUUUUCAAAUACUUUUCAGUGUUGAGCACAGACCAGAACAGUGCAAAUUGUCCUCGCUGCUAUGGUGCAAACCUGAGUGAGGUCCUCACAAAGAUAGAAAAACAUCCUCCACCCACACACACUGACACCCUCACCACUUCUUCACCAGUGCUUUUUGUGCCUUUCUGUCUCUUUUCCUUCUUCAUUCACAUGCAAACCAUAGAAAACACAAAUGGACCACACACACACACACACACACACACACACACACAUACAUACACAAGCGCACAUGCACAUACACACACACACACACACGCCUUAGCAUUCAAAUGCCACUUCUUAAAGCACCAUACCAGACAGCUAUACAAUAUCAUCGGCUGCUUUGUCAAACCAUGAUGAGAUGAUGAGUAGAAAUGCCCCUUAAAAUAAAAAAAUAAGGUUGACAAACUUAAAAAGUUGUUGGGUUACACAUGAGUAACUAACAACUGCUUAACCAUAAGUAAACUUUAAUUGAACAGGUAGAUAAAGAACCAAAAUAUUGCAUUUUUACUGUGAAACCAAAUAUUACUUAACCAAAUGGUAGAAAAUGAGCAGCUUAUCCAACACAUGUGUAACUAACUGACAUGGGUUCAUCCAAGGGCCAGUCUACCAAGGCCUGUAAACUCCAUACUUGGGGUGCCUACUCUAUAAACUGAGCUAAACCAGCACCCCUGAGACCUAACCUUUACCUAGCUGUCCCCUUGAACAUGUCUUGUCUCCUCAGGUCAUAAGAAGAGGAAAAAAUCUCGUGAAGGAGAAAAAACCCCUGAGGACAUUUCAGAGCAGCCGCUGGUGAAAACCUAG